CCUGCCGUGCGUGGAGAUGCGCGCGUAUGUGUGCCCGGGGAUGGGUGUGCACGGGUGUGCUUGCCCGGGGGUGUGUGUGUGUGUGUGUGUGUGUGCACGGGUGCGCACCGGUGCGCAUGGGCGCGGACGUGUGCGGACGGCGGGGAUGCAAGAGGCAUCGCGGGGACCACGUCCCUGCACCGCCCGCAGCUCUUCCCUCCCGGCGGGGGUGCGACCUGGGGGAGGUAGAGCCCGCAGCCCCCAACCCCCUCCCCGACCCCCACCCACCCGGCGCAUCUCGCCCGCCAACUUUCAGCCAGGGGCGAACCCGCGCAAGCCUCCCGCUGCGCCCCCCCUCCGCGGAUCCGCCGCCCCCCGCGGGCCACUUCCCCCCCCCUCCCCGCGCAGCCCCGUUACCUGCCUGCGGCUCCCGGGGCGGGCAGAUGCCGGCCGGCGGCGCUGCCCUCCGCGGGCGCGGCCCUCCGCCUCCGCGCACACUCCGCGGUGGUGAACGCGCAGGGUGGAAGGGUGCGAAAGGUGCCGGGUCUCGCCCCCGAGGUUUUUGGCUUUGCCUCCGUGGCGGGCGGGAGGCUGCUGGAUCCUGGAGAGGCUGCGAGGCUGGAGCCGCCGCACGGCACCGGGACAGCAGGGAAGAAAGAGAGACAGAGAGAGGACGGAGAGGAGGAGGCGCUGGCGGCGCAGGGGUGCGCGGCGGGGGGAGCCGGGGCGGCCGGGCCGGGACACCCCUGCCCUCUCCGGGGCCCGCCGGGCUGCUCUCUCCGCCGCAUCCCCGGCAGCUCGGCUGGCGCUUGCAGUCAGAGCAUCUAUGAUUUCCUCCAGAGUUGGGUUUCUUUCUUUUUUUUUUUUUUUUUUUUUUUUUUUUUUUAGAAAGGAGGGUGUGCAAAUUGUGACCCUUCCCGGCGGGUUUUUCCUCUCUGUUUCUUCUUGGGUUUUUUCCUCCCCCAUCUGCUCGUUUCCCACUUCCCUUCCUCUCCGCCAACCAGCCCCCUCCUUCCCUCUCAAAAAAAAAAAAAAAAAAUAAAAAAAAGGCAAGGGAAAAAAAUGUAUAGUCAGGGCUUCCCAAAUGCGCGCCCCCGACCUGGUGCCAAGCGCGCCCCCUUCAUUUGUUCCCCUUCUUGAAGCUCAUUUUCAUGACGUGGAAAAGCCUGAUCCAGGGCAACAACAACACCACACACACACACACACGCACAGACACACACGCACACACACACGGAGAAGGAGAGAAGCCCGAGAUCCUCCGCCGCGCCCCAGCCCUCCCGCUCCGCGCUGCCGGUGCCCGGAGAAGGCGGCGGCGGCGGCGCUGGAGCCUGCAGCAGCCCCUCUCCUCCCUCCUCCAUUGAGUGUGCCAAACAGCAGCUCUGCAUCCUAAAGAAGAUCAUUGAGGGGCUCAUUGCAUUCCCAGCACGUCUCAGGCUUGCUUCUUUUUUUUUUUCUUUUUUUUUUUUUUCCCUUUUGCCUCAGCUUCAGCGGGAGUAGAGAGAGAGAGAGACAGAGAGGGAGAGACAGAGAGAAACCAGCAAUCUUUAAACUCGAGCUUUUUUUUCCCCCUUCCCCUCUUUUUUUUCUUUUUUUUUUCUUUUUUUUUUUUUUUUGGUAACGAUGUGCUAAAAUCUCUCCUGCAAACCGGUAAGUACAACCUUUCUGGAUCCUUUUGUUUCCGCCUAGGGUCAAAGACACCCCCUCUUCCAAAAAGAAGAUAUAAUAAUCCUCUUUAUUUAUUUUUUUAUUUUUUUAUUACAGCCCUUGCAGAAGAGAAAGAACUUAAGUGGCUAAUAUUUUGCAAAGGAGACAGAGAGACUGAUACUGCAAUAUAGCUCUCGUCUCUCUCCCUUCUUCCCAAUUAGAUGCUGGUUUUAAUUACUGAGGGUAUUUCUCUUUUCAUGCUUUCAACCAUCUCCUCUUUCCCACAGGGGAGGGUUUCAUUUGCAAGUUGAUCCUAAGGAUUUCUGUUCCUCUGGCAUUUCUCUCCCCUAAAUGCAUCUUUCGGCUCUUAAGUUUGUGGAUGGGGGGCAAAAUUUUCUAGUUCUUACACGAGGAAGGCAAAAAGGACCUUUUCUAUUGAAAGAUUAAGACCAAAAGCAACGAUCGCUCCGAAUAAUUCUAAUGGGCAUUUCAGUGAUUCAAGGAAGGCUGCAUCACCACCGUUAUUAUUAUCAACCUUAGCAUUUCUCUCUGCCCAUACAUUUAAAAUAGCUGGUGAAAGGAAGGGUGAAAUAUCUGGUGAAAGGAAGGAGCUGCAUCUCAUUAGUACAGUAUUAUUUUCAUCUGAUUGGAGAAGAAUGGUGUCUUCAUUCGGAAACAUAUGUAGUAGGAUAGAUAAUUUAUCGGCCGUUUUGUAAACAUCAACAAAUGAUGAAACCUUCCACGGCAGAGACACUUCAUAAAGGAAGGAUGUUGUGGAUAAUUCUUCUAAGCACAAUUGCUCUAGCAUGGACUACACCAAUUCCCUUGAUAGAGGACUCGGAGGAACUCGAUGAGCCCUGCUUUGAUCCAUGUUACUGUGAAGUGAAGGAGAGCCUUUUCCAUAUACAUUGCGACAACAAAGGAUUUAUAAAUAUUAGUCAGAUAACAGAGUCGUGGUCGAGACCUUUUAAACUUUAUCUGCAGAGGAAUUCCAUGAGGAAAUUGUACACCAACAGUUUUCUUCACUUGAACAAUGCUGUGUCUAUUAACCUUGGGAACAAUGCACUGCAGGACAUUCAGACGGGGGCUUUUAACGGGCUCCGAGUUCUGAAGAGGUUGUAUUUGCACGAAAACAAAUUGGACAUUUUCAGAAACGACACUUUCCUGGGUUUGGAAAGUCUGGAAUAUCUGCAGGCAGAUUACAAUGUCAUUAAACGGAUUGAAAGCGGGGCAUUUCGAAACCUGAGUAAAUUGAGGGUCCUUAUCCUAAAUGACAAUCUUAUCCCCAUGCUUCCCACCAACUUAUUUAAGUCUGUGUCCUUAACCCACUUGGACUUGCGCGGGAACCGGCUAAAAGUCCUUUCGUACCGCGGGAUGUUGGACCAUAUUGGCAGGAGCCUGAUGGAGAUCCAGCUGGAGGAGAACCCGUGGAACUGUACGUGUGAGAUCGUGCAGCUGAAGAGCUGGCUGGAGCGCAUCCCCUACACCGCCCUGGUGGGGGACAUCACCUGCGAGACCCCCUUCCACUUCCACGGGAAGGACCUGCGGGAAAUCAAAAGAAGUAAGCUCUGCCCCAUGCUGUCCGACUCCGAGGUGGAAGCCAGCCUGGGCAUCCCUCAGCUGUCGUCCAGCAAGGAGAACGCGUGGCCUACGAAGCCUUCCUCCAUGCUGUCCUCCUUCCAUUUCACCGCUUCCUCUGUCGAGUACAAAACAUCCAACAAGCAGCCCAAACCAACCAAGCAGCCCAGGGCUCCCCGGCCUCCCCCGACGUCCCGCGGCCUAUACCCCGGGCCGAACCAACCGCCCGUGGCUGCCUACCAGACCCGGCCCCCCAUCCCCAUCAUCUGCCCCACCGGGUGCUCUUGCAGUUUGCACAUCAACGACCUGGGCCUGACGGUCAACUGCAAGGAGCGAGGGUUUCACAACAUCUCCGAACUCCUGCCCAGGCCCUUGAACGCCAAGAAGCUCUACCUGAGCGGGAAUUUGAUCCAGAAAAUCUACCGCUCUGAUUUCUGGAAUUUUUCCUCCUUGGAUCUCUUACACCUGGGGAACAACCGGAUCUCCUACGUGCAGGACGGGGCUUUUAUCAAUCUGCCGAAUCUCAAGAGCCUGUACCUGAACGGCAACGACAUCGAGCGGCUCACCCCGGGCAUGUUCCGGGGCCUGCAGAGUUUGCAUUACCUGUACUUCGAGUACAACCUGAUCAGGGAAAUCCAGCCGGCGGCCUUCAGCCUCAUGCCCAACCUGAAGCUGCUCUUCCUCAACGACAACUUGCUCCGCACCCUGCCCACCGACGCCUUCGCCGGCACCUCCCUGGCCCGCCUCAACCUGCGCAACAACCACUUCUUGGCGCUGCCGGUGGCCGGGGUGCUCGAGCACCUCCACGCCAUCGUCCAGAUCGACCUGAAGCUCAACCCUUGGGACUGCACCUGCGAGCUGGUGCCGCUGAAGCAGUGGCUGGAGGCGCUCAGCUCCGUCAGCGUGGUGGGCGAGGUGCUGUGCGCCAGCCCCGAGCGCCUGGCCCGCCGCGACCUGCGCUCCCUGGAGCUGGCGGCCCUCUGCCCCUCCGCCCUGCGCCCCGCCGCCGCCGCCGCCGCCGCCUCGCCCCCCGCCGCCCCUCCGCCGCCCUCCGCCACCGGCGCCGCCGCCUACGAGCUGCCGCCGGCCGCCGCCGCCGUGCCGCUCUCCGUCCUCAUCCUUAGCCUCCUCGUCCUCUUUUUCUCCGCCGUGCUGGUCGCCGCCGGGCUCUUCGCCUUCGUGCUGCGCCGUCGCCGGCGGAAGCUGCCGUUCCGCGGCCCGCGGGCGGAGGCGGCCGACCUGGGCGGCAUGCCGCUGCGCUGCCCGCGGCUCUUCGAGGAGGGCGGCGGCGGCGGCGGCGGCGGGGGCGGCGGGGGGGAGCGCUCCCCGGAGAAGGCGCCCCCGGCGGGCCACGUCUACGACUACAUCCCGCACCCGGUGACCCAGAUGUGCAACAACCCCAUCUACAAGCCGCGGGAGGAGGAGGAGGCGGCGGGCGGCGGCGGCGGGGAGGCGGCGGAGCUGCUGCGGGGCGGCGGCGAGCGCUUCGCCCACUCUGCCGCCGCCGCCGCCGCCGCCGCCGCGCAGGAGCCGGGCACCAACUACCGCACCUUGCUGGAGAAGGAGCAGGAGUGGAGCCUGGCCGUGUCCAGCUCGCAGCUCAACACCAUCGUCGCCGUCCACCCCCAGCACCCCGCGGGCGGCGGGCUGGCGGCGGGCGGCGGCGGGCUCGGGGGGGCGGCGGCGGCGGGAGGCGCUCCGCGGGACCGCGACCGCCCGCCGCCCUGCGCCGUGGGUUUCGUGGACUGCCUGUACGGCACCGUGCCCAAGCUGAAGGAACUGCACGUCCACCCCCCUGGCAUGCAAUACCCGGACCUCCAGCAGGACGCCAGGCUCAAAGAAACCCUUCUCUUCGCGGCCGGCAAGGGCUUCUCAGACCACCAAACCCCCACAAGCGAAUACCUCGAGUUAAGGGCCAAACUCCAAACCAAGCCGGAUUACCUCGAAGUCCUGGAGAAGACCACGUACCGGUUCUGACCGCCGCCCCGCCGCCCGCCCCGGCACCGCCGCAUGCGAGUAGAGGAUACAGCUGUGUGCUCUCCCCCGCCAGAUGUGCGCGCUGCGGGGAAGGGCCGUUCUCAGAUCAUUAAUCGAUGAAGUGCCUUCGCAGACUUUUGCCAGCAGAUGUUAAUCAAUCAUUAUUUUUUAUACUGAAACUGAGACUUUGACUGUGCCAUGUCUAAGGUAUAUUAUUAUUAUUAUUAUUAUUAUCGGGGAUCUUUGUAUUGAUCCUGAUUAAGUAAAUUCUAUGUGUGUCUCUCUUUUUUUUUCUUUUUCAUUUUCUUUAUUGUUUGUUUGUUUUGUUUGUGGUUUGUUUUGGUUUUUUUUUCCGUUGCAGUAAACUUCCUUUAUAUUUUCCCUUGGAGGGGAGGGGGAGGGAAGAUGGCAUUUUGUGGCUUGCUUUCUUCUUGCCCAUCAUGGCACAGAUUCUGUACAUUUAUUUAAAAAAAAAAAAAAGAAAAUGCAAAGAAGCAAACGAGCGCAGUUUGCUGCAUGCCUGGAAACUGCAAGAGGGAAGGGAGGGGAGGGUCUUGCUCGAAUGUCUCACUCUUGUCUCUCUCCCUCCCUCGCACGCACACUCACCCUCACCCUCACCGCCACCCCCGCCGCCCGCCCGGCCCCUCCGCGCAGCGCGGGAGUGGGGUCCCGCUGGCCGCGGAGGGGAAUCCCGUGGGCUGGGGGAAGCCACCCGGAGCCGAGCAGCCCAAAGGAUGUAACCACGUGGCGCACACACCUAGGGGAUGCUCAGUGACACUUCAUCAUGACGCCAUGGUUUUUUGGAGGACAUCGGCACUUUCCUAAUAAAAGCAACAUGCAAAUAUACAGAAAAAGGAAAAAAAAAAAAGCUACUGGGCACCUAUCACUAACAGCUUUGUAGGAAGCACUUUUAAUGUUUUCUCUCAUACACACGUACACGCACACACACAAAGGUACAACAAUGUGCAUAUAUUUAUUCUGUAAUUUCAAGUGAAUAUAAAUUGUAAAGGUAAUGUUUAAUCAUUGUACAGUGAUGCGUCUGGUAUAGCUUUCCUAAUAAAACGUUUUGAAAAAAAUGCGCAUAUAUAUAUAUAUACACCCCCCAUAUAUAUAUAUAUAUGAAUACAAAGCUUGAACCUGAAACUUCAGCUUCCCCCUACCGAGAUUUCCUUCCCCCCCUUAACCUUGAAAGCUAUUUUAUUAAUAACAGUUCAAUGCACUGUGAUGUUAACAGAGAAAAAAAAACCCCUGUACAGCUUCUCUUGCCAAGAUACCACCCGAGACUUUUAAAAAUCCGAUUUACAAUCUGUAUUCCCACGUUGCACUGUACUUAUAGCAGUUCCCGUGUAUUUAAAAAUAGGCAGCAAAAUUAA